AUGCAACUAUAUUUUACAUCAGACAAAUUUAGACAGUUCAUCCCAGAUUGGAUUGUUGUGUUUAUAUUAAUUGGAUUUUUUUUCCAAGUAACAGAAGUAGCACAACCAUUCUUUCGUCAAUUUUCAAUCAAUGAUCCUACAAUCUCACAUCCGUUUGCCGUUAGGGAACGCGUAACUGACAAUGAAUUAUACGUAUAUUCAACAAUAAUUCCCACUAUAAUCAUAAUAGUAACGUGUUUAUACAGAGGAACAGCUAUACAACAUUCAAAUACUUUGUUUGAUAAACUUCACUUAUCUCAAGUAUCAUGUCUUGGAUUAUGGUUCAGUGUUGUUGUAACUAGUGUCCUUACUGAUAUUUUCAAAUGUUGGAUUGGGAACCCAAGACCAGACUUUUUGGAAAGAUGUGGGCCAGCACCAAACACUCCAAUUAAUAAACUUGUUGGUAUUGAGGUAUGUACAGCUCCCUUGGGAGAUAUGUACUUGUCUGAUGGGAUGAAAUCAACUCCAUCAGGCCACUCUUCUAUGUCUUUUGCAGGAUUGUUGUACUUGUCGUUAUGGAUAUUGGGCCAAUUCAGAAUGUUAACAAAGAAUAGAUCUCACAUUAGUUUAGGGCAUUGGGUUGUAGUAUUGUUACCUAUAUUAUUUGCUUCGUAUAUUGGUUUGAGUCGUACUCAAGAUUAUAGACACCAUUUUUUCGAUAUAAUAUUAGGUGGGUUGAUUGGGGCUGCUUUUGCAUGUUUGAGUUAUUUCAAAUACUUCAACUGGUUGUCCGAUGAGGAGUGCAAUUUACCUAUAGAUUAUGAGAAAUAG